AUGGACACCUUGCUGGCUGGCUGGACGCAAGCCGGGGACUUGCUGCAGGACCGAUGGAGCUGGCUGCUGGACACCGUGGGCGAGGACCCGUGGCGCCUCUGGGUGGUGGGCAGCACGGUGGUCAUCUUCGUGGUCUACUGGCUCUACGCCGGCAUCUUCACCCUGAUGGACAUCACGAACCGGCCGCGCUUCCUGCGCAAGUACAAGAUCCAGCCGGGCCAGAAUGAGCCCGUGGAUCUGGCCAGGCUCUGGGCUGCCGUCCAGGUGGUGCUGCUCAACCUGACGGUGGUCAACUUCCUGGCCUGCUGGGCGGCCUACCAGCUGGUCUACAGGAAGGAGAACAGCGCGGACGUCCGGGUGCUGCCCACCUUCCGGCGCGCUCUGCGGGAUGUGGCCACCUUUGUGGUGCUGGAGGAGAUCAUGUUCUACUAUGCCCACCGACUGCUGCACCACCGGUCGGUGUACAAGUACGUGCACAAGAAGCACCACGAGUGGACGGCUCCCAUUGCGGCCAUCACGCUGUACGCCCAUCCGGUGGAGCAUGUGGUGGCCAACCUGCUGCCGGUGGCCACCGCCAUCGCCCUGCUGGGCACCCACGUGGCCCUGGCCUAUGCCAUCUUCGCCCUGGCCAUCGUCAACUCGAUGAGCGACCACACGGGCUACAGCUUCCCCUGGUCGGCGGGAUCGGUGCGCUUCCACGACUACCACCAUGCCAAGUUCAACUACAACUAUGGAGUGCUGGGUCUGCUGGACAAGCUGCACGGCACAUAUCGCAGUCCCGCGGAGCAGAAAAAGGGUCCUGUUUCCAGGAUAAAGAAGUCUAGGAAGAAGACCAAGUAAUUCUAGGAACUAUUUAUUUGUUUUAGCGUUUUUUUUUUGAGCCAAUAAAAAAAUUA